AUGGCGGCUUUGGUGUCUGACCUCUUCUCCGUGUCAGGACUAGUCUGUGUUGUUACAGGUGGCGGCACUGGCAUUGGCAAAUGGACUGCAGAGGCGUUUGAUGCCAAUGGAGCAGCCAAAGUCUUCAUACUGGGACGACGCACUGCGGAGUUGCAGAAAGUCGCAAAAGGAGCACCAAACUCUACGAUCAUUCCAGUGACCUGCGAUGUCACAAAUCGCGAAUCACUGCAGGCUGCGGUUGCAGAGAUUCGCAAGCACACGACAUUCAUCAAUGUUUUGGUAUCAAAUGCCGGCUACCUGGCUUCCACCAAGUUCAUGAAGGUCCCCCACGAGCCUGGAUCCGCGGAGGAUGUCGCCAAGUUCCUGUGGGCCAGUGAAGCCGAGGAUAAAGGGGUAUUUGACACCAACGUCGAGUCCGUAUACUGGUUGUUCACCGCUUUCCUGACACUACUGCAUGCUGGGAAUACCGAGGAGUCAAGUGUCUACCGUCAGAAAGAGAUUGACUCUCAGUUCAUCGCCGUUGCAAGUCUUAGCGGUCUCCUGAAGAAGACGUUGACAGGCUACAUGUAUAACGCCUCUAAAGCUGCUUGCGUGCACUUUGCCAAAGGUGUCAGUCACGACUUCGCACAUUUGAAUAUCCGCGCAAAUACGAUAUGUCCGGGCGCUUUCGUUACAGGCAUGACCGACAAGUUCCUUCCGCCAGUCGCGGAAAAGCGUGGCGGUAUGCCCGUUGAAACACACCCUGCAGGGAGGACUGGUACUGCUGAGGAUGUCGCUGGGUUAAUGCUCUUCUUAGCCUCUCGAGCAGGUGCCUACAUGAAUGGGUCUGUAAUCAAUAUCGACGGAGGACAUUUGUCGAUGACUCCCUCGGUUACUUGA